AUGAAUGCGGAGGAGGAGAAUAGCAUUGUGUUUAAAAUGGAAGUUGACAUAAAUGGAGAGUCCAGAACUACGCUAUCCACCCUCCCUGUGCCUCUUGCAGAGGUGAGUCCCGGGGGCAGGAUGGAAGGAGAGAAGCCCCGCUGUUCCAGUACCCCCUGCUCACCAAUGCGACGGACGGUUGCGGGAUAUCAGAUCCUUCACAUGGAUUCUAACUACCUGGUUGGCUUCACAACUGGAGAGGAGCUGCUAAAAUUAGCCCAGAAGUGUACAGGAAGUGAAGAGAAUAAAGGGGAAUCUGGGCCAAACUUGCGCUCCAGACAGCUUGAUUCAGGACUUACACGUUCCUCCCGUUUGUACAAAACUAGAAGUAGGUACUAUCAGCCAUAUGAGAUCCCAGCAGUAAAUGGAAGGAGAAGGAGACGGAUGCCCAGCUCAGGGGAUAAAUGCACUAAGGCUUUACCAUAUGAACCUUACAAGGCACUUCAUGGUCCCCUGCCUCUUUGCCUUUUAAAAGGUAAAAGGGCUCAUUCGAAAUCCCUGGACUACCUCAAUUUAGACAAAAUGAGCAUUAAGGAACCUGCUGACACAGAAGUGCUACAAUACCAGCUCCAACACCUUACCCUUAGAGGGGACCGUAUGUUUGCAAGAAAUAACACAUGA